AUGUGGAACUAUGUGCUGGUCUCGAUCCUUGUCUUAGUCGUUUCAUUGCUCUACCAUUGUUAUUUCAACGGCCCGGCCAGCGUUAUCGUGCACCCUAACACGCAUUACGAUUAUAUAAUCGAAUGGGGUUGUAUUGAAGAAUGGUACCAAACACAUACAUGUUCUUUAAUACACACAGUUGGUGCUGGAACAGCAGGAUGCGUAGUGGCGUCACGUCUUUCCGAAAUCUCGAACGUGACGGUUCUGUUGGUCGAAGCGGGGGGACAUUUCGGAUGGGUGUCGUCCGUUCCAAUUCUGGCGCCAUUCAUGCAAAGGACCGACGUCGAUUGGUCCUACUCCACGGAACCGCAAAGAUUCUCUUCGAAAGGAUUUUGGAAUCACAUACAAAAUAUACCGAGAGGCAAAGGGUUGGGCGGUAGCGGGCAGAUAAAUCACUUGGUUCACUCCUUCGGAAAGCCGGAAGAUUACAAAGCCUGGCCAAAGGGAUGGUCACACGCCGAUCUACUUCCGUACUUUAAAAAGGUGUCCGAUAUCAUGAACGUAAUGUCCAGCCCAGAGGAAGAAUAUCUGGCGGAAGCUUUUCUCAUGGCGGAAGAAUCGUUGAAGUUGAAUAAUGUGACUCUACAAAAAGGGAUGUACACCGUUAAAAGAGGCUCCCGCUGGAGCACGUUUAACGCGCAUUUACAAAAUGCCUGGAACAGAAGGAACUUGCAUAUAUUAACAAACACGUUGGUCUCCAAAAUACUUUUCAAAGAGAAUUUAAACGCGGACGGGAUCAAAGUGAUUUACAAAGAUGGGUCGGUGGGGAAGAUUGCCGCGAGAAAAGAGGUGAUCCUCUGUGCGGGUGUUAUCAACACUCCUCAAUUGCUUUUGCUUUCGGGAAUCGGGUCAGCCGAAGAGCUCGACAAAUUUCAGAUACCAGUGGUGAGCAAUCUGCCGGAAGUGGGCAAGAAUUUGUUCGACCAUCUUCUUCUUCCGCUUUAUGUUAAUCUCGAGGCGAGAGUAAGCAUGACUCUGUACAAGUUACAAACAGUCCCCGAAGUGCUCAAUUAUUUCGUAUACGGAAGAGGGUGGUACGCGACUAAUGGUAUAAUGGCGGUGGGUCGUGCCAACGAUAGCGGUGUCAUGCUUUUUGGAAUGGGUUCUGCCGAUGAAAACAUAUUAAAGAGUCUGUCUAAUUACAAAACAGAGUAUUCUAGUAAAAACAUCGGCAAAUGGUGCAAACUGUAUAAAUUGUUGUGCAGUGUAAAAUAUAUAUCUGGAGUAUGUCUUCUGAAGUGCAUAUAUCUAAAAACCGAUAAUUUCGCGAUUCUAACUAAAUAA